AUUUUUGGAGAAGCUAAUAGUGAAUCGCAGUAGUCUUUCCGGCGUACAUCCCAAAAACUUGGGAUUACAAAAUUAUCCAAAUUUAUCAUACUCUAGAGCCAUGAUCAAGUUUCUCAGGACCCUGUCAGGCAAAGGACUUCACCUCGCCAGGAGACUUCAUACGCGACUGCAGGUUUGCCAGGAAGUCGGCACCUUUGUCCAUCCGGAGCUGCGACGCACCAUUCCCCUCGUUUAUUUCAGCAAGGGUGAACUGCCGCCUAAGCUGAAUCAAGGAGUUCCAGCCAAGGGGCAGUGCGAAAUAUCUUCCUUGGAGAGGAGUCGAAGAUGCACGGAGGCUUUUCGUCAGUUUUGUAGUAGACAGCACCAAUGCUUUUCCAGCACGUACCAGUGGGCAGAGCUCCGGCGAAAGAUGAUCUACGGCAGUUACUAGCGUUACUAGCUACCCACUAAAGACUAACUCCAGUGAAAAACUUUUAAAUAACUCCAGCAUUAUGGCUUAAAAAGUGUAUUGUUCUGAUUUGAUUCGUCAGCAAAGUCUUAACAAGACGGUUUUUAAGUCUCAAUGCCUGGUUCAGUCCAAAAUGCAAUGUUGACUUCAAG